CUCUGAAAAAGACACCGAUGCCGCCGCCGCCGUCGGCAGCAGACGGUCCAUCAGCGUCCCAGAUGCAAUCUCUCGGCGGAGAAUUCGCCAUCCGUGGAGACGAUUUGCUUGCGUGGAACCCCGUAUUGGUAGACAACAUGGCGAAGAAAGGCAAGUCGUUCAAGAGCGGGUGGGUUGAGUACAUCGUGUGCCUGCACCAGAACAUGCUCUACUACUACCGAGACAUGCGCGAAGUCCCCAGUGGGUGCUUGUGCUUGGACGGGUGUGUCAUCGAAGCCGUCGAUCGUAUAUUUAAGAACAUGAGUCCUGGAGAUUCGCAUAUUCUCGCGGAAGAGUGUGGUCCAUGCUUCAAGGUCACGUCUCGGAUGGGACGAUCGCUCCUGUUCCGCACGCGGAACAAGGAGUCCCGCGUCCAGUGGAUCCAUAUGCUCCAGGACAUGUCGUACGACGCCCUGUUCAAGCGAAUGCAGCAUGCGACCAAGGAAAAGCGCGAGUUGCUUCAACAAGUCCACGACACCAACGCCGCCGUGACCGCGUUGCACUCGGAAUUGGCCGCCUUGCGCGAGCAGUACGAUGCGUUGCUGGCGCAGGAAACAUCUUCGUCGAGACGUGGUGUGACCAAGUCUGUCGUGUCGUCGCCACCGAUUAUCGUGCUCGACUCCCCCGACGACGUACUCCCUAUUGUUGUUGCUCCUCCUCCCGACGCCGACUCUAACAUCCGCAGCAAUCAUCCCAGCACAAGCGCACUUUCAAAGGCCGAGCCGACGCCUACUAGUACACUUGCUAGUAUUACUACCGUGAAUCCCCCUCGUCCAGUGCCGCCGUCGACGAUUGACACGGAUGCGUUGACCAAGAUGACGUCCGAGCUGGCUGGCAUUGCGCGCAACUUGCAGCUAUCUCUGUUUUCUCAACCGUCUAAUAUGCCAGCAACUACGUCGGCAACGACUGCGGAUCUGCCGACGGCGGCCACCGAAGAGAGGCACCAUCCAUCUCACCGCAUGAUGAUGAGUGCGAUGGAGAAGAUCAUUUUCGACAUGGAGUUGGAGGACGAACUCCAGCGCACGCGCAAUAUGCUCACGGGGGGAAAGCCGUCGUCGACGUUCUCGCCCAACCCGCCCUUGUACCAGAGUUUCCUCGCAACUUCAUCGGCAACGGCGGCGGUGCAUCGGGAUCCACUGACUACGCCCAUCGUGCUCUUGGCGGAAUCCCCGUCGGCAUUUCGGCAGAUCAAAGGCGACGAUGCAGACGUGGGGUGGUCCACGCCCAGGCCGCACCAAGCAGCCAAACACGACUAUUGUGUCGACGAGCAUGAUGCCCGAUCGGACGUGUCUUCGUUCUACCUGGGCUGUACCGAUAGACGCAAGAACAGCAUUCUCAGUGAUGUGGAAGUCCAGCAGCGAGGGGAUUCAUUGGGGUCGCUCCUCGUUCGGCCAGACAUGGUCGUAGUCACAGCCCUUCUCAAUACAUGCGAACGCAGUGACAGGAUGGCGCUGCUGUUUCCUCUCCUGCGUAUCUUUGGCAGUCGCCAUGCACUGUUUAUGCUCAUGCAGUGGAGCAUCGAUACGGAAGUCGAGAGCGCGUUGUCCCUUGCGACACUGUUCCGGUCCGACGAUUACUCUAGCCGGCUGCUGUCGACGUACGCCAAGGCGGUGGGGCUCCGGUUCAUCCACACGGCACUUGCCGACCACAUUCGCGCUCUGUGCACAGACAAGGCCACGUACCACAGCAGCGAUUUUGAGCUCAACGUGGUGAAAGACCCGACGCUGACCGACCCCGCCAAGCUCGAGCGCAACGCGGCCAACCUCAUGGCCGUGUGCCAGACGAUCGUGGACUCGAUUCUCACGCACAUGGACGACCUGCCAUUGUCUUUUGUGCACGUGUGCCGGUACCUCAAGGACAAACUCAUCGAGCGCUUUCUCGACACAGACGACGACUACGACGGGUCGUCCACGCCUAUCAAAGCCAUCAUGGGCGGCUUUUUGUUUCUGCGCUUCAUCUGCCCCGCGAUUACGACCCCCCACUCGUACGGCCUGCUAGACCAAGUGCCCGACGCGUCCAGCCGACGCAUUCUCGUGCUGGUCACGAAACUGCUCUUCAAUUGCUCCACGGACGUCGAGUUUGGGGUGAAAGAAGCGUACAUGCGGGUUGUGAAUGGAUUCAUUGUCGAGAAUGCGCCGCGCAUGGCGUUUCUAUACACACGCCUCACGGCCAAGCGCGACGGCGAGGUGGAGCAAUGCUUCACGGCGGACUCGGACGGCAUCUUUGCGCGCGUUGCCCCUGACCAGCUCGCUCAAGACCUACACGAUGUGGUCACGGCGCUAGGCAAACAUGUCGACGACGUCCAAGCCAAGGUGGCGGUGGCGUCCGCGCCACUGGCGGCGCAACUGCAUGCGCUCGUGUGUCCAUCAUCCUCAGCAUUGGAGGACGAGGUCGUGCUGCCCGUACCCGAAGAAAAGCUCAAACCCAAAGGAGCAGGCAUGAUCCUCAACUUCUUUAAAAAGUCCAGCGGCGGCGGCGGCAGUUUUACCGCGUCUCAGCAACCACCGCCACCAACCAACUAAGUGGGGACCCUGUUUUGAAUAUUCCAUGUGUUGUCGUCGUGUAAUAUGUCUUUCGCACCAGG